AUGUCUUUCCUUCAUGGAGUUUUACAUAACAUUAAGCCUCAUUUAGGCCAGCAUAAUGAUAAAAUUCAAAAGGCAAUAAGCCUUCUUGAAGCCAAUAAACACUCUGGUAAAGAUGGUUUUAACAAUGCGAUUGGCGCAGUGGUCAAGGGGGUGAAGGGGUAUAAUGAGGGUGUUGAAAAGUCUAAUAAUCUUGUGAAGAAUCCUAUUGAAGCAUUGAUGCAGAAGAUGAAAAGGCUACAAACUCAGGUAAGUAACAUUCUUAGAGAUAAUGUUGUUUCAGGUGACAUGGAGGAAGCCGUUAAGGCCGUGAACCAGCAGGUGGCGGAGUGUAAGAAGAGUGCUGAAGGCUAUGCAGGAGACAUGAAGAGGGAGACAAGGAAUGUAGAAGAUCUGCAAAAGGACUUGCAAACUAAGAUUGCUAAUGUUAAUAGUUUCAUUGCAUAUCAUUGUUCGUUGCUGAGUGACAUACAUAGUAGGCAGCAGACGCAGAGGAAGGCGAUGGAGAGUGCCAUCAGUAGACAGCUUCAGGGUCUUGGGAGGACGGUUAAAUCACAAAUUACAAUGAAGGUCAUGGACCUUGUUAAGCAGUUGAAGCAGAAAGUGGAGGCCAUUUUCAAAGAGCUUCAGAGAAUCGACAGGGAUCUGAGAGAAUAUGUUGAAGAGUUGCAGCGAUGGAUUAACAGUGCGGAGAGUUUGGUGCAAGAUGCGCUGAACAAGGUUAAUUUUAUUUUGGCGGAGGCAGACAUGUCUACUCCGGGCAAAUAUACCCAGCAGAUUAAAGAAGCGGCGGAGAAUAUUGGUUUGGAAACGCAAAGGCUCUUUGAGGCGGGAAACGCGGCGAAUGAGGCUGUGAAACGGGAUGUUACUGCGGCGCUUGGGGAGGUGAAAUUGAUGGACGGGAUCCUUAAGAAUGAUCUGCAUGAUGUGAGAACGGCGCUUCAGACCGGACUUGAUACGUAUGUGAGAAAGUAUGUUGAGGCUGUGCAAACGAAGGUUAAGGAGAUAAAGGGGGAUGAAAAAAGUGGUUUGACUCAGGUUGUUGCAAAAGUGAAAACUUAUAUUAAGAAGUUCACGAAGGGUAAGCAGCAGUUUGAGGGUGUCGUAAAGGAAUGGAUUGGUGACAUUUUGAAGAUGGAACCGGUGAAGGGAUGGCUUCAGAAAUAUUACGAGGAUAACGUGGGUAGGUUUCAGCUUCCGUAUGAAUUUAUUAAAAGUGGCGAAGACGAUACAUUGCAUACAGCUAUUAAAAAGCUGAUUGUAGAACAGAUUGAAGCCAAAGUUCCUGGAGCAUUCGAAUCCUUCGAAGUUCAGGACGCAGGCAGUAUAGGCGUGCAUGUUACCUCUGCCAAGAGGAUUUGCAAUCUGUUUGCCGACAAACUCGGUGGGCAUAUUAAGGACACAGAGGGUGAGCUUUUCGAAGAUACAGCCAAGGAGAUUGAGAAAACGUUGACAGGUAACACGGACGCCAACCAGAAUCUACAAAUAGCCGUCGGCACCAUUCUCUGCCAACUAGUGUCUACUGCCAGGCAUAACGCUGAUGCGGUUGAAUCGUUUACCGGCGAGGACGAUGUAACGGAAAGCGAUAUAAAGAAAGUAGAGGCUUCACUUGGUGUGGCUAGCGAUAUGGACACUGCUUUUGAGAAGGCGCUUAUCAAAUACAACGAAGGACAGUACAGCUCCACCGAACCCUUCAAGCCCAGCUCUCCUGCGGCACAACAGCUCACAGCCAACAUUCACAGGACGAUUGAAAAGCAACUGAACGAUACGAUUGGGGAGGCUGGAUCUGGUGAAACUGGCGCCGCGACAGUCACACUUCCAACUAAGAGAUUUAGCGGUUACAGAGGGCACGUUGAUACAUCCUCACUCACUGGGAAAAAAACAGCUCUCACAGGCGACAAAGGCGCAAAAGAAGGCUCACUCCCGCAGGCGAUCGGAGAAGUACAGAGGGGAGUGAACGACGCUCUUUCUCAAAUCGGCAACAUAUAUUCCGGCCUUCAAGGCCACGCGUCCAACGUAAGGAUAUAUCUCCAUUCCCUCUGCUCAACCCUCGAGGGGGCGGCGGGGAAAGAACCAGAGCAGCAAAAGGACAGUGUCAAGGCCAAAUUGAAUGAACUGAAAGAUAUGAUUGAAAAUAAUGGUGAAAUCGGCACUGGGAAACAUAUUCAAAAAGGGUUGCAGAAAAUUAAGGAUGACAUUAGUAAGCUUCAAAGCGAUCUGGCGAGCGGCCCCCUCCAGAAUGCCCAGGAGUUCCUCAAAAAACCCGGCGGACUAGCCGACGAUUUGCGUAAUAAAACCAUUGACGAGCUCACAAAGCACGUCAACGAACAAGUACAAAAAGCCGAAAAUGAUUUUAUUGCUCACUCCAAAAAGCAGUACGUCGAGGCCAUAGAAACGUUGAUUAUAGCCUUCGCCGACAAGGUUACUGAGGAGUUGGAGGAGUUGCCGGGGCUAAUUGAACAUGACGAGCAUAUCGGCGUUAAAGGGUUCAUGAGGAAAAUGGAGACAGAAUUUACUAAAAAGGUUGAAUCCAUUCAUCCUAUACACCAAACGUCCUCUAGUCGAGAUACACUCUCGGUGAGCCAGGCGGCUGACGUGGUGAAUAAGGCGUUUGGAUACCUUUUCUUCGAGUUGCAAAAGCAAGAAGACUUCAAGUCAGAUUACGAAGUCAUGAAGCCGUCGAAAGAGUGUCUGUUCAAAUUGCUAAACUUGCUCACACAUUCCCAACACUUCGACCACAAGUUCGCUGAUAACCUUACAAACCUACAAAACACCCUUAAUGACUUCGCACCUAAGAAAUUCCACACGCCAAACAGUACACUCCUCGACGCCCUCAGGUCCGGCAUGGCCAAAUUCACCGAGCAACUCUCACACGCGUACGUGAACGCUUAUAGCGGUAGAACGUUUACUCAAUUGUUUGACACUAAGCAAAUUCCUAAUCCUACAGAACCCGACGCCGCUCCAACCACCUCACAAGUCCUUUCCACCGAGGGCCGCAACUGCGCCAAGGUCUGCCUGACCAUACUGGAGACGCUGAAUAGUAGUUUAGGCCAGCUGAGAAGAAAAUGCAAAAACGAUUGGAAAGGUUCCCCAAUUCAUUUGGGCAACGGCAAUAAGCUCGGCGCAUUCUUCCAAUAUUGGGGAUAUAUCGUUUCCAAAGAGAAAAAUGGUCAUGAAGGGGAGUUGCGUAAUAAAGAUGGUUUCACAGGUCAGCGGAUAUACAGUGAUCUUCUCGUCUAUACUCAUAAUGCUGGCAACAUCAGUGACAAAUUUCAACUUGUUAAAGACGAAGACGACGACAAGCAGAAGAAUAAGGAACAUGGUGUCGUUAAGAAGCUUGUCACCUACUUCAGAGCAUAUUACUAUGUCACUCACUUAGAACAUAUUGCGUCACCUAAAUCCCCGUCAAACGUCAAUCAAAUGCUCCAGUGGAUGCUCGGAUUGUAUUACAAUCCGAUGUUUGCCAAACUCGGCGAGCACUUUAAGGAACUUUUCGAGAAGCCUAAGGGACAGGAAGCAAAGCCGUAUGAAGAUAUCUCCGACACAGAUCUUAUCCUAGAUGCGACCACAAAUAUUACACCUACGACAUUAAAAGACACACUUCGACUUGCGUGUCUGUACUCUGAAGAUGUGUUGAUAGCUUUCCAGGGCCACGGCGACGCAAGUGGUACAUAUGCCUGUGACUUUUACACUAACCAAACUAAUUUCCUCUAUCCCACUAGCCCAGCUGCAUGCUUUGACAUGCUCGUAGACAUAUUAUUCAGAGUCUGUUACCAAGUCCGUUUCGUAUAUAAACAGUGUAACAACGGCCCUAAAAGCGGUGGGUGGGAAGACUGUUGGUACGGCCAAGAUAUUGGCGGUUCCUCAUGGAACUGCAACAGCUUACAGUGUGCUAACCAAACGUGUAACCUAACACGUAACCAACGCGCUGACCAAAGCGGUAACCAAAUAUGCAACCAAAGCUGUGACCAACACCCUAAGUGCGGCCUGAAGUCGCCACUCCAGUCGUACCUUGAGGACGGUUUGCAAGGGUUCUUGCCGCAUCAAUUCAAAACGCCCGGCUGUAAGCUAACGUGUACUUUAACAAAUCACAACGGCAUCCCGUGUAAAACCCCUAUGGGAUUUGCUGAUAUUAGUAACGUAGCAUCGCACACUAAGAACGGUGCGCAUCUCAGGAUAGCGCUUCACAAAUUCUGCGGAACUCACGACUCACCUCUCAGCAAAUUGUGCGGUCAACUGAACUGCCUCCUUGGCGCUGCACCGAAAACGCUGGGAGACAUGUUCGCAUUUUACUAUAACUUCCUUAACGGGUGGAAGCAGAGUGGACCGCAUAGGAAAGAUGCCUUUAGCAAGGCCGUUACCAAGGCCAAUUUCGGCGACUCAAGUAAGACGCUGGAAGUUACGUCCAUAUUUGAAAACAGAGACCAUACGGAUGGACACAAUAAAGGUGACCUCUUUAGUCUUUGCUGCAAAGAUACGUCUAACGUUAAGUGCGGCCGGUAUAUUCAGCCUCUUAGCCAUAGCACAUGGUUUAUCUUCUCUGACAAAAAUGCAGGCAAAUAUCUUACGUGGUUUGUCUACCUGACGCAGACAUUCUACGAUCUACUUGAAGAACUGUUGAAAGAAUGCAAUUCUAAAUGUGGCGUUGGAGGCUACAAAUGCUACGAAAAAUGCUGCCCCCAGGAAUGCCAAGUGAAGAAGGCAUAUGAAUCUAAGGAUUCGUCUACGGAACUCAACGGUAAAAAACACACUGAAGACUGCAAGUCGAUAGCUCACUGUCCAACUACUCGUCCAAUACUAAACAAAUAUGGCUUCGUGUUCUGGAGUCCAUGGAGCCUCAGUGGACAAAAUGGCGACGGGAAAAAGCGUUCAUGUAAAGAUUUCUGCAACGCUUUAGAAAACAUCCUCAAUAAGAAAAAGGCAGACAAACACGUGCUAGCUGAAUUAGUAUUUGAGACAAUUCCAGAAUUCCUCUGGAAGAUACGUCUCCCAUUCACUUACCUCUUAUUAGCCCUCUGGUCCCUCUCUUUGCUCUACCUGCUGCACAUCGCCGUCGUCCGCCUCGACGUCCUGAGGAUACGCUCCCACCUGCGCUCGCCCGCAAGCCACCGCAUCGCCGCGCAGUCGCUCCUCGCCGCCGCACGCAUCAGGGCACUCGCCAACGAUGCCAGGGGGAAAGCCUUAGAUGACAUUGAUGCCCGCCGCAUCUCUCUUGGUCAGCUUGCCGGACAGCUUUCGGGUUUAAUUGGUGGUGGACAGGAAGUUAAAGAUGCCAUUAAAAAUGGUAUUGACAUAAUUAUUAACAAAUAUCCUGAAGUUAAAAGUAAUUCUAAGCCUUCAUCCCCCAAGCCUCAUGAUUUAGUAGAGUCUACUACGCUUAGUAAGGAAAUUAAGUCAAUUGAAGAGAAAAAAACUCAGCUUGAAAAUGAAAUUGCAGAGCAUAAAAGACAGCAAAAAGAUUCUCCUGUUGAACCAUCCAAGCUUAAAUCGUUAGAUGAACUGACGUCCAAGCUUAAAAGUCUCCACAGUCUACAGGAGCUUGAACAAUAUUCUCAGAAACUUGACACUCAUAAAAAUAAUACACAGGAUUUACUAAAAAAUCUAACAGAAGGAUUAGAAAAGUUUCUAGGUUUCAAUCCAACCUCCAAAGGCUACACCGGUGAAGGCAUCGUGUACUCCGACCUUGACAGGCUCUGUGACGGGGUGAUGUCUUUCCUUCAUGGUGUUCUUGAGAGUGUGAAGGAUGAUGAGAGUGUUACAACUUAUGAUAAUAAGAUGUCUGUCGAUCGUUUAAAUGUUGUUCUUCCAAAACUACAAGAAUCAAUAGGUAAGGGACACAGUGUGUUCUCCACUCAGAUUAAGCAGGUAGGUGACUGGUUGAAUCACUAUGAUCAAUAUGUUGCAGGUUCGACGUUUCUUGUUACAAGUGAAUUAGGUAGGUUGAUGCAUGAUUUAGGUGAUAAACAUUUCAUUUCUGUUUCAGGUAAAGACAACGUGAAGCUUCAAGCGCAGCUGGCCAACUGGACUCAGGUGGUCAAGGACAUCGAAUCAGAUGUCCACACUAUGGAAACACAGCACAUUAGUAAAUUAAACAACAAACUAAAAAAUAAUAUUUUGCAUGAAAUAAAAGUUAUUGUGAAUGCUGUGUGGUUGUUGAAACAGUCGGCGGAGAAUGAUGUUUUCAAGCAGCAGGCAUCGUAUGUUGAUAACAAGUUGGUGGAGGAAAAGAAAAAAUUAGAUAAUGCGGUCAGGAAGCAGAGCCAAGAGCUGAGGAGGAAGAUGGGAGAGCAGUUGAGAAGGGUUGACGGUAAAAUUAUAGAACUGACACAGGCAAAAAGCUCACAUUUUGGGCGUAUUAACGACGCCAUUGCUGCCACUAGGGGGGCAAUUGAGAACGAAUUUGGAGACUAUGAUACAAAUUUUAAGAAUAAGAUUUUAAAGUGUUUUGAUGAUAUCAGAGAUAAAGUUAAUGAAUCAUAUAACAACUUAGUUUACAAAAAAUCGGAACUCGCCAAUUUGGUCAGUGGUGCUUGGAAGCAAUUUGAGGUGUUGAAGGAAAAGGUUAAGAGGGGAUCUGGUGGACCAGAAGACAAGAGUAUAGAAUACAAUUGGUCACAGCUUCAAAUGCAGAUUCGGGGGCUUGUGAAUCAAAUUAAUGGUAACGGAUAUUCAAGCGAAGGUAUUAAGGGUAUCAUUAAAGGGGUUAUAAAUUACGCUGGAAAGUUCAGCGGAAGGAAAUUUGACGGUGUAGUUGACGGGUGGAUUAAAAAGAUUGUUUGUGAUAAGAUUGUGAGUAAUAGGCUUGGGGAGUAUUGGAAACAUAACCAGAAUCAGCUGCGGCGUAUUAACCUUGGUCAGUUGCAGGACGCAGUUAAGGAGAGAAUAAAGGUAGCAUUAAACAACGAGAUUUCGCAAUCUGGGAAAUUGGUCGAUGUCACACCCAACGACAUUACUGAGGGCAGCAUCGCAAAGAAUGUUGCAUCGUUAAGCCGUGGUAUUGAUGAUUUUGUCAGGGGAAUUGAGAGCAAACAUACAUAUCCUGGUAUUGAUGCAUUAGUACAAGAAUUAGUUCAAGAAAUUGAACAGCGAUUUGGGGUUCGUGAACCCCGUGCACCUGGAUACUCCCCAACACAUCUCCAAGACGCCGUGGAAUCGGCACUUGCAGCCCUCAACUCCACCGCGAGACAAGUUAAGGAGGAACUUGAGGCCUUCACGUCUGACUACAUCAUGGGUUACAACCUCGGUACCAACGUUGAUGAUGCGAUAGCAAAUGCUGAUAAGAUCAAGGAACAAUUUGAAGAACAAAAUGCUACUUAUGGCAAGCAUAUUACUAACGCAUUGGCAAACGUGACGCAACCAAUCAAACAACUGGAUUCCGCCCUCGACAAGAGCCAAUUUGGCCUAAAGAUAGACGCGCAGUUUCAAGACGUUUACGAUAUUUCGGGUGGUAAAACGCCCCUAGGUCUCGGAAGUCCAAUCAAGUUUGACACCCUUUUGACUUCUUUCAAACAGGGAGGCCUCGACGGAAAAAGCAAGAACAAGAAGGAUGAGCUUAACGAAACUAUCAAAGAGAUUAGAUCGCAGGUCAGUAGCGCUUUAGAUAAAGCUCUCAAAUCUAUAAACGACAAUACACUCGAACAAGCUUAUACAGCUGUUACUAAAAAUUUCGCAACAUUGGUUGAAGAAGUUAGUAAGUUGGUUGACAAAUCUUCCGGAAAUUCCUUCGCAUCAGGUAGUUUGCACAAACGAUUAGAGGAAAUUAAUGAAUUAGUUAACAAUUACACUAAAGAAAAAGUCACAUGGGCAAACGAUGAAAAAGUGUAUGGCCUAACCAAAAUAAAGGGUGACAUUAAGAGUAUAAUCGGGACUGAUAUAGCUGAGGCACCUAACAAUCUAACCAGAAUUUUAAAUGAUGCUGGCAAAUUCUACACUGAUGUAGUCGACAAGGAGGCUGCAAACGCGAUUGCCGACAUCAAGGAAUAUGUCGAAAAGGAGGUUAACAGAGUUACAAAGACAGUCCACGCGAAGGCCAAAGACGAUUAUUACCAGAAGAUCACUGCCCUGUUCAAAGAAACGCACAAAACUGUCGAAAAUGAGAUUACGACCAUUAACAGACUAAUAAAAGAUGACAUGUCGAGCGGAGUUAAAGGUUUUCUCAGAAAAAUGAAGCAUAACAUAUGUGUUGUGCAAACGCACGAUACCUUUGCGUCACUGGCAUUUGAAGCAAAUAAACUGAUUACUAGGUUAAUUCAAUAUGUAAAUGAACAGGUGAAAGAGGACAGCGGACUCAAAAGCGACGUGAAAUCAAUCUCCUUGCUUUGUCAUACACUCCUCGACGAACUCUACGCUUCAAAACAUUUUGACCACACCUUUAGCAAAAACAUAGGCAAACUAAAAAAUAAGCUUAUCGCAUUUUCACCUAAGACGUUCGUCAAUACCCACAACCCCGAGUUGCCGGAUGCUUUGAGAAACGGAAUGAAUGAGUUGACUGAUGAAUUCGGCAAAGCAUACGUCUCAGCCUAUGACGGCGCUGAACCAAUAAAAGAUUGGUUUGAACCUCAGAGUUCUGUUCAAGCAGACCAGCCGAGUGGCGAUGCUCCUGCCACUCAAGAAGCCAAGUUAACCGAUGACGGCAGGAACUGCGCAAAAGUAUUCUUCACCUUAGUACAAACUCUUUACGGGGACCUUCGCACCCUGAGAAGGGAGUGUAAAGAAAAGGGUUCGUGGAGAGUCAAGCAAAUUUAUGAAAAUUUUGGCAAAAGUAAAAAUCCCCUCGGGGUGUUUCUCAAGCGUUGCGGGUAUCGUGUCGAUUAUGAUGACAUUAGCUACGACGGUGAAUUGCGCAAUAAACCGGACUGUAAUGGCCAAAAGAUUUUUGAUCUUCUCCAUAACACCAAACAGAUUUUCGGGUCGAAUAGCUCAGAUCUUGGUAAUUUGGUGAAUUUACAUGUAUAUGUUUCUACAUAUUAUGAAGUCUGCCACCGCAAGCAUACCGAGAAGCCAAAAGCGCCGUCUAGUGUAUAUCAUAUGUUACGCUGGUUAUGCGGUAUGCGGUAUAACGCAAUGUACAGCCAGCUCAGGGACUACGUUACUACGUUGAUAAACCCCCCCGGCAAUGUCACACAACCUAGCCAUGCCUGGAAAUAUGAAGUAGAUGCCACGUCGACUUUUACAGCACUCGAUGUUCAGUUCGCACUUCUCGAUGUUUGCAACCAUGCCGAAAUAGUCCUCACCUCCAUCCUAGGCCAUGGACACUCGGGUGGUAUUUAUGCCUCCGAUUUCAACACAAACGCCGACGGUUUGUCGUACCCUAGCAACUCCAGUCAAUGUUUUGAUAUGUUUGUAGAAAUUGUGAAUAGAGUCCACCAUCAAUUCUCCUUCCUGUGCGAGCAAUUCUAUUUUGAAUCUACAUACAGCAGUUGGCGCGACUGUUAUUACGGCAGAGAUGUCGGCGGCUCUGGAUGGAAAUGCAAUGACAACCUAUGCCCUAACCAACAGUGUAACCUAAGACCUAACCAAAACGCUGACCAAAGUGCUACCCAAAAGUGCAACCAACACCCCAAGUGCGGUGUAAAGUCGCCGCUUCAGUCGUUCUUGGAAGAUGGUCUACAAGGCUUUUUGCCGCAUUCCAUUUCUAAUGUUGGUUGUGGAGUUAAGUGUACCAUGGCAAAUCAUAAUGGCAUUCCAUGUAAGACACCCAUGGGUUUCUCAGAGAUAAGCGUUAAAGCAUCGCAUACAAAGAAUGGUGAUUAUCUCAGGGAAGACGUCGAGAAAUUCUGUGGUAAUCUAAAUUCACCUCUCCGAAAAGUGUGCUUGUAUAUCCGAUGUCUAUCACCUCGGACACCUCAAACACUAAACGAGAUGUUUGCAUUUUAUUAUGGUUUCAUGCAUCACUGGGGAGGUGAUGGUAGAGAUCAUAGGUAUACUGCCUUUACAACUGCACUGAAGAAUGCAAAUUUUGGACAAGGGUACAAGGAGUUAGAUCCAACUGUCAUUUUAAACAGAAGUAAGCAUCUGGUCACUCAUAGUGACGGCGACUUGUCCAGUCUAGUAAGCUGCGACGGUGGCAACGCAUCAAACUGCGGUCGGUACCUUAAGCCGCUCGGUAUAGAUGUCAGCGGUGUUUAUUCUAAGAAACACGCCGACAAAUAUCUCUCCUGGAUCGUUUACCUUACUGAAACAUUUUAUGAUUUACUCAAGAAACUAUACGAUGACUGCGAUGCUAAAUGCGGUAACAAAGGUUCUAACUGUGUUGCCAAAUGCUGUGUUAAGGACUGUUCAAAGAAAUCAUCAUCGCAAAAAUCAUCCCGAAUCCAUGAUUCAAGAUGCCAAUCUAUUGUGACGUGCAAGUCUACACUACCGACAUUGUCAAAAUAUGGAUUCGUGUUUUGGUACCAAAGACACCUCAACGGCGAUGAUGGAUUAGAGAAGAAGAGAACGUGCGGAGAUUUCUGCAGUGCAUUAGAAAGAAUACUUGGUAAAGAUUCAGUACUCAUUAAAUUUAUCCACGAUAUUGACAAAUUUAUAUACUGCAUCAGAUUCCCAUUCAUGUCAUUAUUGCUAGCCCUCUGGUCGCUGUCGCUCCUGUACCUGCUGCACAUCACCGUCGUCGAUCCUCUCCUGGGCUGCGUCGCACGCAAGCCAUCCGCCGCGCGCGCAGUCCUCGCCGCCGCACGAUCAGGGCACUCAUGUCGUGCUUCUCUCGCCAUAUCGUGCAUUCACGUGUGA